CCGGUCGUCCUAACAGCAUAGUACGGGUCUGACACUACCUCCACUCAAUACAGAGAUAAUUGAAUUGAAUUGGAGAGAGAGAGAGAGAGAGAGAGAGAGAGAGAGAGAGAGAGAGAGAGAGAGAGAGACGGGCACAUUAUAUAAACAUCUAGGGCUGACAGCAAAGAAGCGAAGACCAUAAUUAAACCACGCGUCUUUGCUCCCCGACUAGAAACCCUCCCUCACCCCCUAACUGUGCGUAGGACACGGGGUUUAACGUAGUCUAAAGAGAUUGACAGGGCGAGGAGGGUCGCUUGCCUCCCAGGGGAUUCUGCGAAGCAGCGUCUGUAGCCGGGUUGGAUUGGUUUUGGCCUCUGAAGGACCCACUAGGCUACUAACUUGCCAGAUCUGAGGGACUCCAGACAGAACAGAGACCACAAACGUCUAACUACCUGAAACCAGAACCAGGAAGUAAACAACACAGACAACAACAACAUCAUGAAGACCUCCACCGUCUUGCUCCUCCUCUCAGUCCUCGCCUCACUCUCUUGUUCCCAGAGCGACUCUCCGGAAGUCAUCGUCACAACGCAGGCAGGAAGCAUACGCGGCAUCCGCCUACCGACGCCCGACAGGAGUCACGUGACCGCUUUCCUUGGCAUCCCAUUCGCCGAGCCCCCGCUGGGCAAGAAGCGCUUCCGUAAGGCGGAGCCCAAGAAGCCGUGGUUGGGCGUGUUUGACGCUAGCUCCUACCCCAACGCCUGCUAUCAGUUCGUUGACACCUCUUUCCCCGGGUUCCAAGGAUCUGAGAUGUGGAACCCCAACAGGGAGAUGAGUGAGGACUGCCUCUACCUCAACGUCUGGGUCCCGGCCUCCCCCAGACCUCACAACCUCACUGUGAUGGUGUGGAUCUACGGUGGAGGCUUCUACAGUGGCUCCUCAUCCCUGGAUGUGUACGACGGACGUUACCUGGCCAACUCGGAGAGGGUGGUGGUGGUGUCCAUGAACUACCGUGUCGGGGCCUUUGGUUUCCUGGCUCUUCGUGGCUCCUCGGAGGCCCCUGGGAACGUGGGGCUCCUAGACCAACGUAUGGCCCUCCAGUGGGUCCAGGAUAACAUACAUAUCUUCGGGGGCAACCCCAAGCAGGUGACCAUCUUUGGGGAGAGUGCCGGAGCAGUCUCUGUGGGGAUGCACCUCCUGUCUCCAGAUAGUCGCCCCACCUUCACCCGAGCCAUCCUCCAGAGUGGAGUCCCCAACUGUCCCUGGGCCACUGUUACACCCGCUGAAGCCCAGCGGAGGGCAGCCAUGUUGGGGAAGCUGGUGGGCUGUCCCUCUGGGGGUAACAACACAGAGCUGGUGGACUGUCUCCGUAACAAGCCCCCCCAGGACCUCAUCGACCAGGAGUGGCAGGUCAUGCCAUGGUCGGCCAUCUUCCGUUUCUCCUUCGUGCCGGUCAUCGAUGGCGUGGUCCUUCCUGACAACCCAGAGGCCAUGCUGUCAUCAGGCAACAUCAAAGACACCCAAAUCCUGCUGGGAGUCAACCAGGAUGAGGGCUCCUUCUUCCUCCUCUACGGAGCCCCCGGCUUCAGCAAGGACAACGAGUCGUUAAUCUCCCGUGAGGACUUCCUGGAGAGCGUGAAGCUGAGUGUCCCGCACGCCAACGAAAUCGGCCAGGAGGCUGUGGUGCUGCAGUACACUGACUGGUUCGAUGAGAACAACGGAGCAAAGAACCGAGACUCCCUGGAUGACGUGGUCGGAGACCAUAAUGUCAUCUGCCCCCUGCAGCACUUUGCCAGGACAUACUCCCAGUUCCACUCUAACCUGGGUGCCAACAAUGGACAACAGGCAGGUAACGCUGGGGCCAUGACCAAGGACGGGAACUCACAAGCUGGAGUUUACCUCUACCUGUUUGACCACCGUGCGUCUAACCUGGCGUGGCCUGAGUGGAUGGGCGUUAUCCAUGGUUACGAGAUAGAGUUUGUGUUCGGCAUGCCCCUGGAGAAGAGACUCAACUACACAGCCGAGGAGGAGAAACUGAGCCGACGCAUGAUGAGAUACUGGGCUAACUUCGCACGCACCGGUAACCCCAACAUCAAUUUUGACGGCAGUGUGGAUAGCAGGCGGAGGUGGCCCCAGUUCACCAACAGUGAGCAAAAACACGUGGGUCUGAACACAGAAUCUCUAAAGAUCCACAAGGGCCUGCGGAACCAGCUGUGUGCAUUCUGGAACCGCUUUCUGCCACGCCUCCUCAAUAUCACCGAUAACAUAGACGAGGCAGAGCGUCAGUGGAAGGUGGAGUUCCAUCGCUGGUCCUCCUACAUGAUGCAUUGGAAGAGCCAGUUCGACCAUUACAGCAAGCAGGAGCGCUGCACUGACCUCUGAGGAGAGGGGAGAGAGAGAGAGAUGCCGAGAGAUGUCCUUCCAUAUUCUCCUACAUGUCUUCAUGUGAUAUGUUGAGGCUUGAUAUGUUGAAGCUUGAUAUGUUGAGGUUUGAUAUGUUGAGACUUGUUAUGCUGAGGCUUCAUAUGUUGAGGUUUGAUAUGUUGAGGCUUGAUAUGUUGAGGUUUGAUAUGUUGAGGUUUGAUAUGUUGAGGCUUGAUAUGUUGAGGCUUGAUAUGUUGAGGCUUGAUAUGUUGAGGCUUGAUAUGUUGAGGUUUGAUAUGUUGAGGCUUGAUAUGUUGAGGCUUGAUAUGUUGAGGCUUGAUAUGUUGAGGCUUGAUAUGUUGAGGCUAUUAUAUUUAACUCAAUGUGUUUUUUCUGGUUUCCAUUGCAGAGGGUAUAGCAGGUCCAUAAGACUAUUCAUCAGACAGGAGUUAUGGAAGGAGGUGGUCAUUGAUGAAGAGUGUGAAUAUGUGUGUCAUUACAGUACCUCUGUAUGUGUGUGACUGAACCUCUGGGUCCCACCCACCUCACACUUUUUUAAUAUAUUUUUUGUAUUACUUAACUUUAUUAUUUUCCAGUUGAUACAAAUUUCACGAUCUUCUUAUUUUAAAUUAUCUUUAUUUAAAACAGCUACUGUUGUCUACCUAUGUAUCUGUUCACUUUUCGUUAGUCUAGAUCUCAUUCAUCCCUCCUCCUUCCUUCCUAGUCUGAGUCUGCGUGGGUCCAAAUGUAAAACCUAAAACCACUGAUCAACUAUUAUAUUAUUCUAGGAAUCUGGAGCAAUGUAAAUCCCUGUGUGCUGGGUUAGAAAAGAACUGCACUGAAACAGUUAAGACUGUGUGUGUGUGUGCGUGUGUGUGUGUGUGUGUGUGUGUGUGUGUGUGUGUCACACUGUAUGUAGUUAUAUGUGUUAUGUUACAUGUAGUUAUAUGUGUUAUGAUCGCUGAACUCUGCUUUAAUAUUAGUUUUCUGUGCACGUCUUUCAAUCCAUAGUGUGUUUAUGAACUGUGUAUGCACUUGUCUGCAUAUAUCCACUACUGAUGUUGUCUCCGUACCAACGGUUGAUAUGUUUCACUCCUCCAUCCCCCUCUCCAUCCCUCCAUCUCUCAUCUAUUCCUCCCUCUCCAUCCCUCCAUCUCUCUCACCUAU